AUGGUUCGCUUUACUCCGUUGGCAGCUCUGGCUUUAGUGCCUGUUGCUCAAGCACGAUUUGACUGGCUGUAUGCACGAGACACCAUUGCGCAGUGCCCCCCGUGCACCAUGGAGGGCGAGGCUCAAGAAUGUUCUUACACGGUGACAGUUACCGAACCAGCUGGGCCCUACGAGACCGUUACUAUCUCUAAUCCCAAGGGCUCUUAUCACACAGUCACAGUCACAGAGUACGGCCAGCCUGGCAAGACUGUCACUAUCACUCAGAACUAUCAGGAGCCCGUGACCAGGGUUGUAUACGUCAGCCAAGGUGAAACUCUCAAUCCCACCAAGGAGACCGUUACCGUCACUGCUCCCGGCAAGGUUGUUACCGUCACAAAGACAGAGACCAGCGAGCAUGUUGUCACCAAACAAGUGAACGUGUAUCCCGGCCCUGAAAAUUCGAACGGCAACGGAUACAACCCCGGUCCCAAGACAGUAACCAUCGGCAACGGAUAUCCCGCCCCCAGCGCUGACUCCCCUGGCUAUGAUGGAGCAGUUGUCACCAAGAUUGUUGGGGGUGGAGAUGACGUGGAAUACCCCGACGACGCUCACACUGUCACUGUUAUCGACGAUGGAAAGGUCAAGACCUUGACAUACACGGACGGUCACUACAACACCGUUAUCAACACUGUGACUCUGAAGGAUGGAAAGAAGAUCGUCAAGACUGUCACUGCCGAGAACACAAACAACUAUGUUAUCACCAAGACCACCCACGAAGGUGGCAAGUACCAUACCGUCAUCGUCAAACCGGAGCCGACCGUCAGUACUAUCACUGAUGAUAACGGCGACUACAUUACCACUAUUAUCGAAACUCCUCACACAUAUACCUUGACCGCUCCUAUCCGUUAUGGGUCACCCAGCCCGACCGACGAUGACUGCGAGACUAUCACCAGGACUGCAACCUACACAGGCCAGCCUGAAGUCGAAAUCAUCGUUUACGAUCCUGAGUCUGGUGAUUCCACUUGCACAAAGGAAGACGGCCAGCCUUGUCACCCUGACUACGAGAACGACAAGACUGGCUAUGAUGACAACGGCAAGGACCAGGAGGAUGAUGACAGCAAGGGUCAAUAUGAGGUUCCUGCGUACACCAAAGUUCAGAGCGGCAGUGACGGCUACAACUCAAACGUCCCUGUCUACACCAAGAUCCGCACUUAUGGCAAUGGUGACACCUACACUGAGGUCUACGGUGCUGAUCCAACCGGAUGCGAAUCAUUUGCUGUCUCCACCAGCAUAGCAACCGUUUACAACACCGUGGUGGUGACUGUUGAGCCUUCAAGUACCCUGGCUUCUGACAAACGAGUCCCAAAGAAGGCUCGUUCACCUCUCUCUGUUCGGUGGUGA